GCCGCUCCGUCAUCGUUGCGGCAGGAUGGCUGGAAGAAGUUGCAAAGAAAAGGUCCCUACUCCCCGGCACGGCGUCUCACAGAAGAGACGCCCAUCUUCAAGUAGCAAAGCUGAGAUGUCCAAAAGAUCUGAAGGAAAGCCUCUGUGCAAAUCUGCCACAGGUCCAACGAUGCAGCCCACGGAUGACCUCUUUGCUAAGGAGGAACGAUAUAAACUACUUAAUGCAGAGCUGGAAGCCAAAACAGCAGAUCUGGUGAAGCAGGCAGAACAACUUAUGGCAAGUUAUCAACUUUUCUUUAUGAAUGAGCUGAGUAAUAACUCUUUUUACUUUCUUAGAGUCUUGGUUUUUGCUUGAUUCCAGAGAGAACAGAGUGAAGUUCUGUCAAAACCCCUUUCUGCCCUCUUUCUCUCCGACUUUGAGGAUGAAGAAGAUUCAAGGAUAACAAAGACUAGUCAGGGCCCUGUACAGGAGCCUGGAGCAGAGGUAUCAGACAAAAAAAGAGCCACUUCAGCAUCGAAAACAUUGUGUACUGGAAAACAUGGAAAAGAGCAUCACCAUAAGAAACAGACCCCAAAGUCAUCUCAGGUAGACAAUAUGGCAGUUUUAGAAGAUAACUUUUUUCUCGCCAGGACAAUCCAAAGCAUAGAGGAAAAGAUAAAAGAUGACACUGUCACCCCUGAAAAUGUGGAAGAUGCUGGAGACAACAUAGCAUCAGGUGUUUCAGAUGCUCAAAUACGAGUCCUGAAGGCAAAACUACGCAUUAUGCAAGAGGAACUGGAUCAACUCUCAUAUGAAUAUUACAGAAAGGAUGAUGAAAAUGCUAAACUUAGCGCAAAAAUAAAAGAGCUUGAAGAGGAUCGAGCCAGACUGCAGAAAACGUUAAGUAUUCAGCAAACACAGAUUGAGAAGCACCGAGCUUUAGCAGAGGAGUCUGGCAAAAAAUGUGAAGGUCUUCAAGCACAGGUGUCUGCUUUACACAAGGAAAUGGAAAAUCUGAACAGAUCGCAGAAACAAGCAGCAGCAGUUCACGGCACUGUGGAGGUUCGUCUCAACAGAGCUCUAGAGGAGGUGGAAAAGUUGAAGACUCAGCUAAACAAGAUGAAACAGGCAGACAAGGACAAGACAAGUGUGGAACUUCAAAAUAAAGAAAAUCUACUCGCUGAAAACAAAAUGCUUAAAAAACAGAAAGCCGAGCUCAUCGUUGGCUUCAAGAAGCAGCUAAGGCUGAUUGACAUUCUCAAAAGACAAAAGAUGCAUUUUGAAGCUGCAAAGCUGCUGUCGUUCACAGAGGACGAGUUCAUGAAAGCUCUAGACUGGGGAAAGCCAUAAAUACUGUGAGGUUCAUUGUUCUCAUGACUUCAGUGAAACAAAACUAAU